CGCCAUCGGAUAGCAUCGCAUAUGCAGCUAAAACCCACUGAUAAAGCAUUGCUAAGGGCUACUAAUUGAAAAGCAUAGAACUGUUUCCUGCAACGCCGGUACUAAUUCUAAAAUAAUAAAAUACUACGCAUUUUCAACAAGGAGCUCACAAGUAAAUAGUACAUAUAAUUAAAAAGCAGCAAAACAUCCGAAAUAAAACAUCAGCGUAAAAAUUAUUUCCGAUGGGCACUAAUUCAGGAGCGACAACUGGUAUAAAUAAUAAACCCGUCGGUGCGGGUGGUGCGAGCGAUAGUAGCGUCGUGGGUGGUGGCGGUGGUGGUGUCAGUGGUGUUGGCGGAGUUGGUAGUGUCGGCACCAACAGUUUGGGCGGUGUUACCGGUGUUGGCGGGCUAACCGGCGGCAAUGCUAACAGUGCGGCGGGUACUGGCGGCGUUGGUACCGGCAGCAGUGGCAGCGAUGACUGUGGCAAUGGUGGUGGCGGUGGACCUAGUGGUCAAAAUAAUCAACAAACAACACCACAAUACACCAUACCAGGUAUACUACACUUCAUACAGCACGAAUGGUCACGGUUCGAAUUGGAGCGCUCCCAAUGGGAUGUGGAUAGAGCAGAAUUGCAGGCACGCAUAGCCAUGUUAUUGGGCGAACGAAAAUGUCUCGAAAGCCUCAAAUCAGAUUUAACACGACGCAUUAAAAUGUUGGAGUACGCCUUGCGGCAGGAGCGUGCCAAAUUCUAUCGACUCAAAUAUGGUACCGAUCCGCCACAAUUGAACGAAUUGAAACCGCCAACAGAUGAUGCUGGUCUCGGUAGCGAAGUGGCGCCCGAUUCCGAAGUACCAUACAGUUCAGUAUCGAAUACAACCUGGCGACAGGGCAGACAAAUGCUGCGACAAUAUUUGGCCGAAAUCGGUUACACAGACAACAUAAUCGAUGUGCGUUCGAAUCGGGUGCGCUCCAUACUUGGUCUCAAUAAUAACUCCGAACAGGAGGAGAAUGUCAGUCCCAAUAUAAAUGGCAAUGAGAAUAAUAAACGUGCUGCAGAAUCAGAGGUACAAGAAAAUUUCUUCGCUUCUUUCUAUUUCAACAAUUAUUUUGUAUUUUUUUGUAUUCUUUUUUUUCGUUUUUUUAUAUAUUUAAAAGAUCUUGAUGCCGAGGUUGGGGAGCAGCUUCUGAAUGAUAUAAAUCUAAUAACCGAAGGAUAUUUAUCACCGAAUACGACGGAACAAUUGAACAACACGGCUAACAAUGCAGCUGCCUCUGCCGCGGCUCGGCGCAAUCUUAUCACCGCCGUCACAGCAGGUGGCGAUGAGGAGGUUGACGCCUCACUCGGCCUAGGUGAACUUGCCCAACUGACGGUCAACAACGAGGCGGAGAGUUCGUAUGAUGCGAAUGCCAAGGAUGGCACUGGCGGCGGUACUGGUAGCUACCGCAAAACCUGGAACGCCAAAUAUACGCUACGUUCGCAUUUCGAUGGUGUACGCGCAUUGAUUUUCCACCCCGAGGAGCCGGUGUUGAUCACCGCUUCCGAGGAUCACACACUCAAAUUGUGGAAUCUACAGAAGACGGUACAAGCCAAAAAGUCAGCUAGUCUCGAUGUAGAGCCAUUGUAUACGUUCCGUGCGCACACCGGUCCCGUACUGUGUCUCGGCAUGUCCACCACCGGUGAUGUUUGCUAUUCAGGCGGUUUGGAUGGAAACAUUGAAUGCUGGCAACUACCAUCGCCCAACAUCGAUCCAUACGAUUGUUACGAUCCAAGCGUGCAUUCGGGCACAUUGGAGGGUCACACCGAUGCCGUAUGGGGACUGACUACGAUGCACAGCAAUAUUGUGUCAUGCUCAGCCGAUGGCACCGUGAAACUCUGGUCGCCGUACACCAAGGAGCCACUGUUGCGCACCUACACUGCUUCCGAGGCUGAGGGUACACCAUCAUCUGUUGAUUUUGUGCGAAAUGAGGUGGAUCACAUUGUUGUGGCAUAUAAUAGUGCACAUUGUAUUGUGUACGAUACGGAGACCGGCAAGCAGGUGGUCAAAUUGGAGGCUGCUCAGGAGAUGUCUGGCAAUACGGGGAAAUUUAUUAACAAAGUGGUAUCGCAUCCGACGCUGCCUAUAACGAUCACAGCGCAUGAAGAUCGUCACAUACGCUUUUGGGACAACGUUUCGGGGACGUUGAUACACUCGAUGGUGGCACACUUGGAGCCUGUCACAUCGCUCGCCGUGGACGCGCAUGGACUGUACUUGCUAUCGGGUUCACAUGAUUGCUCGAUACGACUUUGGAAUUUGGACAAUAAGACAUGUGUGCAAGAGAUCACAGCGCAUCGCAAGAAAUUCGAUGAGAGUAUAUUCGAUGUGGCGUUCCAUGCUACAAAACCAUACAUCGCUAGCGCUGGAGCGGAUGGCUUAGCCAAAGUGUUUGUUUAAGUGUGCACAUUUCUGGAUGAAGCGAAAUCAAUAGCAUUAACACCAACACAACCACCACCACCACCACCAUCACCACCACCAAAAACAACAACAACAUUGGGUCAGGUGAUAAACAAGCAGCGGGACAUUGAAAAAGUGUGAUGGCGGUAAUGAUGUGGAAAUUAAUUGUAACGAGCAUGCAACGGUGACAAAGGCGGCGACGAUGAGGAUGGCGAAGGCGAGGGAUAAGGAGUUUAAAGGCGAACGAAUAGUAUCUAGAACACGACGACACACAACUGUUUGGAGACGACGAAGUCGAGUCGAAUAGCUAGCAGAUGAGUAGUAGUGCAAGUAGAGCUGUAGUUGGUUUAAAUUAAAAAAAAAAAAAAAAAAACAAAGCAGAAGUAACAAGCAAAAUAUAUACACAUAUAUGAUACAUUUAUUAUUAUGAAACAUAUGGAUUAAGAAGCAUUUCUACUACAUACAUACAACAACAAGAAAAAGAAAAUUGCUAUAUAUAUACGCAUAAUAAAUAAAUAAUAAAACUUUUCUAAACAAACAAAAACAAAAAACUAAAAACUAAAACUAAAUUUAAAAUCAUUCAUCAAGAUGAGUUAGUUGAUGAUGUUUCCCAUGUCUUAGAAAUAGCGCUAAAUAGAGACGAGACAAACAGAGGAUUUGCGCAUGCACGCAAGCGGCAAACGAAUGAUAUACUCAACACAUGAAUAUAUUAAGUAUAUGAAUAAAUAUAUAAUAUACAUACAUGUAGCUUACAAAUAUAAA